UGUCAUAAAUUAGUCAGAUAGUUAGUCAGUUCUCACUCUACAAGUCCUCCUGAGUUCCUGUUUCUCUAGUCUCAGGUAAGUAUAAUAGUAUACACCUGUUUUCCUUUGCCCUUGGUGAGAAGACAAAUACAACUUCUGCCUCUUCUCAUUUACAAAGUGAUUUAAUGGUGAUUAAGAAGAUUGGAGGAUAACAGUACAAUUUAUCCCCUCCCCUCCAUUGUUAUAGCCUAGAAACUUGGAAAAAAAAAUCCUGAAAUCUGAAGCAGGUCUCUCUUCUAUGUUUAUAUCUUUCAUCGUCUAUGAAAAUACCAAAGUUUCUAGGAAGAAAUAUCCAAGUUCAUCAAUCUUACUCUACUAUGGGAAUGCUAGGUUUCACUUCUGUCUUCUUUAGGAGUUUAGUUGGGUUCAGUGGACCAUUUCAGGCCAUGUUUGCCUUUUUUCUGUUUCCAAUUUGCUUCACUCGAAAUUUCAGAGCAGCUCCACUGCUCACCAAUACUCCAUACAUCUGGGCUUGGAAUGCCCCGUCUGUUCUUUGUGAUAGUAAGUUCAAUGUGCCAAUAGAUCUGAGCCUUUUCUCUUUCAUUGGAAAUCCACAAAAGAAUGUCAUUGGACAAAAUGUUACAAUAUUCUAUAUGGAUCGACUUGGUUACUAUCCUUACAUAAAUACUGUGAAUCACACUGAUGUGAAUGGAGGAAUUCCACAGGUGGGAUCCCUCCAAAAGCAUUUGGUCAAAGCUAAGGAUGACAUCCUGUACUACAUGCCACAAGACAAACUGGGCUUGGCUGUUAUUGACUGGGAAGAAUGGAGACCUAUUUGGGCAAGAAACUGGAAACCUAAAGAUAUUUAUCAGCAGAAAUCUAUUGAACUGGUUCUACAAAAUAAUGUACAGUUGAGUGAAGAGGAAGCAACCAAGAUAGCCAAAGUAGAUUUUGAAAAAGCAGCAAGAGAUUUUAUGCAAGAGACUUUGAAAGUUGGAAAAUCACUGCGACCAAAACAUUUAUGGGGUUAUUAUCUUUUCCCAAAUUGUUAUAACUAUAAUUAUAAUGAACCCAGUUAUAAUGGAAGUUGUCCUGACAUAGAAAAGAGUAGAAAUAAUGAGCUCUUCUGGUUAUGGGAGGAAAGUACUGCUCUUUACCCAUCCAUUUAUUUGAAUGACAAGUUAACGUCUAGUCCUGAAGCUAUACUCUAUGUUCGAAAUCGUAUUCAAGAAACCAUUCGAAUUUCUGAAGUUCUCAAUGCUCAAGAUCCACUUCCAAUUUUUGUAUAUGCUCGCCCAGUUUUUUCUGGUGGAUCUGGAGAAUACCUUUCUCAGGCUGACCUUGUGAGUACAAUUGGUGAGAGUAUUGCUCUAGGUGCCUCUGGAAUUGUAAUGUGGGGAAGCCUCAAUUUAAGCCAAAGUAUGCAAUCUUGCAUGGACUUAGACAUAUACAUGAAGAGUACACUGAAUCCUUAUUUAAUCAAUGUCACUUUAGCAGCCAAAAUGUGUAGCCAAGUGCUUUGCCAAGAACAAGGAGUAUGUACAAGGAAGCACUGGAAUUCAAGUGACUAUCUUCACCUGAACCCAAUGAAUUUUGCUAUUAAAACUGGGAAAGGUGGAAAAUACUUCAUAUAUGGCAAACCUACACUAAAUGAUCUGCGCUACUUUUCUGAAAAAUUUCAUUGCAGCUGUUAUCCUAAUGUCAGUUGUCAUGAGACAUUCAAUAUGCAAACUACUGAUAUUGUUCAUGUAUGCAUUACAGAUGAUAUUUGUAUAGAAGGAUUUAUAGGCACAGAACUGAGUACUAUUUCUUCUACUUCCAAUGAGGAACCUUCUACCACUUCCAGCAAUGUUUCAUCUUACACUCCAUCUACCGAAUGUGAUCCUGGGAUAGACUUUAAUGACUGCCUCAAAAUCAAGUGUUCAGUAGAAGAGCUACUCAAUAAUGAAAUUCAGAAAGACUGUGAGAGUAUGCACAGGAACAAUUCUAAUUAUUUACCUUCUCAUAAGAUAAAUCAAACAACCCGUCAUCCCCCAAAUGCAGGUGUCAUCAAAUUUCCAAUCUACAUAUUUUACAUUUCAAUAUCUUUCACAUUUUUAUAUUUUAUAGCUUAGCUAUCUUUGAUUAUAUUUCUAUGUGAUCAGUUAUUCCCACAUAUUGAGAUUUUUAUGGGAAUGAGUGAUGUGGAUCAAAAUGCAUGGCCUGGAUAAUAGUUUGCCUUGUUUUUGAGCAAAGAUUGCUUUUCAGGAUUAAACCAAACAUGAAAUUACUAUAAAUUGUUAAACAGAGAUCAUUAAAUAGCAAUGUUUAUUAAAUUCAUAAUCAGGAUGAUGCUAGUAUAUUCAUUGACAGGUAUAUUUUGGUUGAAUCUACAUUUGAUUUGAAUCUUGGUACAACAUUAAAUUUGCUUUACAUUACAUCAAAUUGCUUAUUUUCUCAUUGCCAUGAAUCUGCAGCAAUUAUUUUACAUUCUAUGAAUGUAUAUAUGGAGUUUUUAAACAAGUUAUAGUUUUUACUCUAUUGAAGACUACCGAUAACACUUGGAGGUCUAUUUUUCUGUUGAGAAAUGUGAAAAUUUAAAUAACCCAAAUUUUCUGUGAUGUCUUUAUAAGUGCUUUGUCAUUAAUAAUAAAAUAUAUUUU